AUGCCUCACAGCUUGCCACAAACAGAUGUCUUAGCGAUGAACUCACGAGCCACUUGUCCGAGCUCUACAUUUGGGGUCAGUCCAUCGCCCACACAGCUUAACAGAUAUCGCCUUACGCAUUCCUCAGUUGUGACUCCUCCCGCAACCUUUACUCCAUCUUCCUUGUGCUACACAGCCCCUCUCUGCAUUUCGAGUAAUCAACCGCUCACCACCUUUGAAACCGCCGUUUUUACAUCCUCUUCAUCCUCUCAUAACACCACAUUUCAGAAUGUGUCUUUACUCUCUGGCUGUCGUCCUGUUGGCCAUCCCCUUUCUCCUACUACCGGCCUGGGCAUUACACGGUACUCACAUCCAGUAUACGUUCCCGGCUCUGGAACGUUUGCUAAUACCUUUACUUAUGCUCCUCCUGCAGAAAGCACCACGCUCACACUAUCAUCUCAGCAUCUACCAGCACAUCUGAUUUCUCGUACCUCGCCGAGUUCACAAACCCACAACUAA